AUGCCCUCAAAUCCUCCCUCGACUUCCUCCGACACUGAAAGCAUCAGUUCGUACGGGAAAGAUAGAACGGUGUUCGACGAAGAGGAAUCAUACAUGACAGAUGUAGACCUACCCGAGAUCAAGCAGCUUGCCAGUCAAACCAUCGGUCCAAAUUUUGCAUGCGCAACUACUUGUCGCUCACUUUCAAUAUCUACGGGCUAUUACUCAAUUUUGAACACGAGGACUCCAGGCCAGGCUCACCUGACAUGCUGCACACUCCAGAAAGGCCUUAUCAGCGACAUGGGCCUUGUCGCUAUAUCUUUGAAGACGAUCACGGUUUUGAUGUACAUUCGAAACGCGGAUGGCAAAAUUGCGCCGCUCUCGUCGCAAUCAUCACUCUUCUCCUUUGGGCGUUUGUGGUCUGGCCGGUGUGGAGAAACACAGAAUAUCAUCGACAUCACGAUCCGCUCGCUACACUUGACCUGA